CAUCUUUCUUUUGACUUGCAGAGGUCUUGUUCUUGACGACCCUGUCAACUCCACCAUACUCUUUUCUUUUGCUCACAUAAUUCAUGGGUUCCUUUCACGAUGAGGCUUCUCUGGUCGAGAAAGUGUGUGAGAUCUACGACAAAAUCUCGAAACUUGAAACCCUCAAACCCUCGAAAGACGUCGAUACUCUCUUCACCCAGCUUGUACUCACAUGCAUCCCACCUUCUUCCAUCAACAUGUCUGAUCUUCCAGAAAACAUUCAAGAAACAAGGUCUAAGCUUAUUCGACUUUGUGGGGAGGCUGAAGGCCAUUUAGAGGCUCAUUUCUCCACCCUUUUAGCCUCUUUCCCUAACCCUCUUCACCAUCUCCACGUCUUCCCUUAUUACUCCAAUUAUCUCAAGCUCGGUCGUCUUGAGUUCGACAUCCUCAAUCGACACUACUCCACCGAGCCCACGGACGUCCCCAAGAAUGUUGCUUUCAUAGGGUCUGGCCCUUUACCACUCACCUCCAUCGUCUUGGCUACUUAUCAUCUAACGAACACGGCUUUUCACAACUAUGACAUUGACCCUUUGGCGAAUUCCAUGGCUUCUUGCCUGGUUUCACCUGAUUCUGAUUUGUCCCAGAGGAUGUUUUUCCACUCGACGGAUAUAAUGGAGGUGACAGAGGAGUUGAAGGAAUAUGAUGUGGUUUUCUUGGCCGCACUGGUCGGAAUGGAUAUCAAAGAUAAGGUUAAAGUGAUCCAGCAUCUGGCCAAGUAUAUGGCGCCAGAAGCCAUCCUGAUGUUGCGAAGUGCUCAUGGUGCUCGUGCUUUUCUGUACCCAGUUGUUAAUCCGGAAGAUCUUCAAGGGUUUGAGGUGUUGUCGAUCUUUCAUCCUCACGAUGAGGUCAUCAACUCUGUUGUAAUUGCACGUAAGCAUCCGACGCCGGUGGAAGUCGAUCAUAGUCAUCAUCAUCAGCUGGGGAUUGGAUCCAUCAUGCCUUCUAGUUGCAAGUAUUGUGAUUUCCAAGCUUUUAACAAUCCACUGAACCAGAUGAACAUAAUUGAGGAAUUGGCAAUGGACGAGUAGACAUAUCAUCUCUCUUUCUCCCUCUAGAAACAAUCGAUCCCUUUAUCAUUUCCUAAUCAGAUUGUAUUGUUAUGAACUAGCUACAUAUAUAUAUAUAUAUAUAUAUAUAUGCAUGCAUAACUUAUGAUUUGUGUCAGUUUAAUUUAUGUAAACUCGAGAAUUGAAGA